AUGUAUGACAAUUUGAAGAAUCUAAAGAGGAGUGCUGAAGAUUUGAAGAGAGACGCCGAGCAAGAUUAUGAACACGAUGAACACGAUGAACACGACGAUCUCACUGCUGAUGAAGAUCGAGGAGAGACAACAACACAAAAGCCGCCCAUGCCUCCGCCACGUGAUGAUGACCAUGAUUUCGUUAUGCCUCCAUAUGACGAGGAAACCAAGAAAGCGAUGGAAGAAGCGGAAGCUGCUCGUAAAGAAUACGACGAGGUGGAUAUUAAAGUCAGUACCUUGGAGAGUCAAAUACGUGAAGCGGAGUCCUUCACUGAACAGGACUUUGGCAGUGAUCAUGCGUGGGCAGCGCUCAAAGGACAGAACUGGAAAGAUUGGACCGGGGAGCCUCCACAUAAAUACUCCAAGCAAAGCUACAGCGGCGGACAACAAUGUUGGAAUGGUCCUCAACGGUCCACUGAGGUGGAAAUUCAAUGUGGCGAAACGUCAGAAUUAAUAGAGGCAACGGAACCGGCGAAGUGUGAAUAUCGCUUCGUAUUCCGUACACCGGCCGCAUGUAAUGAUCCAGAUCAUGAGGAGCCACAGCACAUGGAACUAUAA